AUGCUAGGAGAAGUCCACCCUGCCGAGAAGACCUGGGUCGAACGUCGACAUGAAGACCUCGAGCCUGUGGGGCAGCGCGAACAUACUCGUACUGCAUCAUCAAAUACACACACUUUAAACCCAAUAUCCUUCAAGAAGGCCGAACUUGACUUUUCAAAUCUUGAGCUUUUCUGCCCUAUCAAUACCGACGAAAUUACGACUCGCUGGAUGAACCCUUACAUUCCAGUUCCCGGACAGAAGAUAAAGCAGUAUCCUUCCGGCGUUUCUAGUUUUAUCUCCCAAAUACUGAAGUCUUACGCAGCCGUUGCAGCUCGUGGCCAUGGGACUUUACCGUUCGUCCACUCCGCACAAAUAUCGGAACAAACGGCUAGCUCGCCUUUGAAAACAUGCUUAAGUUUGAUUAAGAUAUGCGAAAACCCUCUACCGGGAAGCGAAGUCACUGCUGUGAUGGUCCUUCAAAGAGAGAUGGAAAACAUCAUGGAAUGUCAUGAGAGCUAUAAUGAGCUUUCGCUACUGGGUGCGUUUCAAGCAUAUCUCAUUUAUUGCCUUGCAUUGUUCUUCAAACUCCAUCAAGGACCACAAAAUCAACUUCGCCCCGCUAUGAUGAACCUACAGACUCUUGCACACCUUUCGUCUAAACAAGGCCUUAUGUGCGUGGCUGAUCAAGAUCACACACGCCCUAGAUGGGAGGAAUGGAUUGUUACCGAGACAAAACGGAGAACAUUAUACGUGAUGUAUCUCUUCGACAGUGUCCUCUCUACCCAGGAAGCUCUUCCUACUUUCCUCGCGACAGAACUACUUGGUCUCCCUUCUUCUGCUAGCAAGCCUCUUUGGCACGCUCGAUCUCGGAGUGAGUGGGAACGAGAAUACAAUAUUCACCUCGCGGAAUGGACAGACAAAAGCCUCACUAUUGAUGAGUUGUGGCCGGUUCCCCCUGAUAUGGAUGCACCUGAUAUUGCAAAAAGAAGCAGAAGAGUGGAUCACUGGUUAGAAGAAAUCGAUGAGUUUGGGACUAUGCUUUACGCUGUAACAUCCUGCACGCACGGCGGGUAA